GCCAAAACCCAUCUUCUACAAGUAAAACUAUGCAAACGAUCAAAACCUUCUUCAAUCUCUGCUUUCUCUCUCUUCUAUUCUUCUCUUGCAAAGCAACCCAAAACUCAUCAAUUAUCUCUAGAUUUCAAGAAUAUCUUCAAAUUAACACAGCUUACCCAAAUCCCAAUUACUAUGAAGCUGUAGAUUUCAUCCUUUCUCAAGCUAAAUCUUUAUCCCUUGAAUCUCAGACUAUUGAAUUUGUCAAAGGUAAGCCUUUAGUCUUGCUCAAAUGGCCUGGAAAAAACCCCAAAUUGUCCUCAGUUCUUCUCAACUCUCACACCGACGUCGUUCCGGCUGAACCCCACAAAUGGGCGCACCACCCUUUCAGUGCUCACAUUGAUUCUGAUGGCAAUAUUUAUGCUAGAGGUUCUCAGGAUAUGAAAUGUGUGGGUACUCAGUACUUAGAAGCUAUUCGGAAGCUAAAGAUUUCUGGUUUUGAGCCUACUCGUACUAUUUAUUUGUCAUAUGUGCCAGACGAAGAGAGUGGAGGACUUGAUGGAGCUGAGAAGUUGGCUGAGUCAGAAUUGUUUGAGAAAAUGAAUGUGGCCUUUUUGCUUGAUGAGGGAAUGCCUUCACCAAAUGAAAAGUAUCUGGCUUAUUAUGCGGAGAGGUCACUAAUGUGGCUGGUUAUUAAAGCUACUGGGGCACCAGGGCAUGGGGCAAAGUUGUAUGACAAUACUGCAAUGGAGAACUUGUUAAAGAGUAUUGAGAGUAUACGGAGAUUUCGAGCAUCACAAUUUGAUAUGGUAAAGGCUGGCUUAAAAGAUGAGGGAGAGGUGAUUUCAGUAAAUAUGGUGUUUUUGAAAGCUGGCACACAAACUCCUACAGGUUUUGUCAUGAAUCUGCAACCUUCUGAAGCUGAAGCAGGUUUUGACAUUCGGGUUCCACCAACAGCUGACCUAAAAUCCCUUGAAAAGCGUAUUGCUGAGGAGUGGGCCCCUGCUUCACGCAAUAUGACAUUUGAGUUUAUUCAGAAGGAUCCUUUGCUUGACAAGUUUGGUAGGCCAAUUCUCACAGUUGCAGACAGUUCAAAUCCAUGGUGGUUCCUCUUUAAAGAAGCCAUUCAGAAAGCAGGUGGAAAACUUGAGAAGCCGGAGAUUCUCCUUGGCGCAACAGAUGCUAGUUUUUUUAGGCAAAGGGGUCUGCCAGCUAUAGGAUUCUCUGCCAUAGCAAAUACUCCAGACCGAGUACAUGAUCACAAUGAGUUCCUAAAUCAAGAGGAAUAUCUGAAAGGAGUAGACAUAUACGUGUCAAUUAUCAAAGCUUAUGCAUCAUAUGCUGGGCAUGCUGAAGCUAAAGCUUCUAAAUAUGAGCUGUAAAAGAACAGCAGGCAAGCCUAACUGAGAUAUCUGGAUUUUGCCACUCUUUUGUCGUGCUGUAGUCAUCCUACAGCACCUCCGUUCUAUCAAAUUAUGGAUCAGAAACUAGUUUUCAGAAGAACUAUUCAGCGGUUUGGUCAAUGUUGGCAAAUGUUAUGGGUGUGUAAAAAUUCUGUAUAGUACUUCAAGUCUUCAUUAGUCAUUUUUUAACAAUAAAAUAUUUCAGCA